GGUUACCAUUCCGCUUCUUCCGUUGCCACGGGACGUCACUACCCGCCAGGCAGAGCAGCCGAUCCCAGAUGGCCAAUGCAGGCGGCUGCUGCCAUCGGUGGGGGAUUGCUAGUCCUGGCGAGCGAUCGCUGCUGCUGCUGUGUCUGACCGGCUCCGUCACUGCUGCGCCCGUCCCGGCUACCACACACCAGACAUGGGGCUGUCCUUGAGCUCCGAGCCCUCGGAUGGCGGCAAUGAGGGUUACCAUGUGCAUGGGCGGUCUGAAUCUUAAUUCUCUAGAAUGGGAUUGUAUCGGGAACCCGGCGCUUGAGAUGCUGGCGGUCAGAAUAGUGACAGCGGUAUUCCAACAUGGAGGUAGAGCUGGUCUUUUCGAAUACAAAAAGAAGCCUGUGGAACAGGCAGUUAGGAUUGGUAAGAGAAGAAAGAAGAUGCGUUUUGUAUCAAAAUUCAAUAAAAAGUCAGGAGAGAUGAAAAAGGUGCAAGAGAAUUCCCCAGCACAAAAAGCCGGACUCGAGCCCUUUUUCGAUUUUAUAAUUGCAAUAGGACAUGCAAGGCUGAAUAAAGAGAAUAGUAUGUUUAAAGAUCUCCUGAAAGCCAACAUGGAAAAGCCAGUGAAGCUGGAGGUGUAUAACACCAAGACAAUGAAAGUUCGUGAGCUGGAAGUCACCCCCAGUAACAUGUGGGGUGGCCAGGGGCUUCUUGGGGCCAGUGUGCGAUUCUGCAGCUUCCAAGGAGCCAAUGAGCAUGUAUGGCACGUGCUGGAUGUGGAGCAAAAUUCACCUGCAGCCUUGGCCGGUCUACAGCCACAUAUGGAUUAUAUUGUAGGGUCGGACCAGAUUUUACAAGAGUCUGAAGAUUUCUAUGCCUUGAUAGAAUCUCACGAAGGGAAACCAUUGAAGCUGCUGGUCUACAACACAGAUACAGAUUCCUGCAGAGAGGUGUUUGUAACCCCUAAUGGAGCCUGGGGCGGGGAAGGAAGCUUGGGAUGUGGUAUCGGAUAUGGUUACUUGCACCGGAUUCCCUUACAGGCUGUUACGCCAAGGAAAGAUAGUGAAAUUAAACUGCCUUCACCACUGCCACCUGACCCUGAGCCGGCAGUGCCUCCAACCAAUGGAUAUAAUGAGGCUCCUCUCCUGGCACCGGAAACACCCACUGACACAGCAGAUGAAGCUUUCGCUCUGCCUGAAUCGCAGGCACAGGAUGCACAUGUCAGUCCUGGGGAACAUACACUUGUUCUCCCACCACCGGUGCAGAGACUAGUAGAUCCAGGGUUCCCAGACCAUUCUGACCUUCCAGUGCCUGAGAUUCCAGACAUAACCAAGCUGCUUGAUGUGACGUCACCAGCCUUACUUAAUGUGAAACCAGAUCUUCCUACAGGAACAGAUAAGAUUCUAAGCGCUGAAGAGCUGAAUGCUUACAUUGAACAAGUGACUGUAUCUGAAGGGCCAGCUUUUGAUAUCCCCUUGUCACACUCUGAUCUGGAUCAUAGUCUUGCUGGGCACAACUCUUUAAUCUCGUUUGAAGAGCUGGUGAGCAACCCUACAGAAGACUCCCCAGAAUGCGAGCCUCAGGCCGAAGUGGACAGAACAGUCUCAUCAGUAGAAGACGAGAGCAUCACAGAUGAUUCUGCAAUGGAAGAUGUUGAAACAAAAGAAUAAAAGAAACCAAAAGACCUUAAUAUUCUUAACUGAGUUCAUCUAUUUUCCACUACAAAGCGAUUGCAAAAUGCAUAAUGGCUGACCACAAAAUGGUUAAAAUUUCUAUUUUAUUUUUUUUAAUUUAAAAUGUUAAGCUUUUUUAUGCAAAGAAUAGAUUUUAAUUAAUAAUCUAUUUAUGCUUCUUGGAUCUGUAUCCCGGGGUCAUAGAAUGUGUGAAAGCUUCAUAGGCUUCAGCCACUCAUCAACGUAUGUACAUUAAAACGUUGCAUUUCUUUAUACAUGUUACCAAACUAUGCAUUUAAAAACACCAGAGAACUAGUUAUUAACACUAUUCCUGGUAGAUAAAGUUUGUAGCUGCGCAUAUGAACCUUUUAUUUUUCUAUGGACAAUGGUGAUGAAAUCCUGUAUAUUCAAGGGUAAAACAACUGCAUCUGUAUUUUAGCACUUUUGUCAGGGAAUGAACAAUAACUGCGUGAUGAUUAUGGUGUUGAGUGGGAAAUUUUAUUAUGUUUAAUCCAGAAACUAAUUUUUUUAUACUUUUCUUUCAAUUUAAAAUAAUAAAUUUUAAGGAAAUAUUCAGGGUUUGGUUAAGUACAUUUUUUAACUGUUGUGUUAAUAAUUAUAAUAUUUAAGUUGAGAUAAUUUAAUAACUGAAAAUGUAUGCAGACCCAUAGGGGCAUAUUCAGUUGUCCGCAAAAAUAAACGCAGCUAUUGCAACCAUUUUUUAAAUUACAGCGGCUAUGCACGCUCUCGAUUGCCUCGGUAUUCAAUUGUCACGGUAUUCAAUCUCAAAAGUGUUUGCCGCCAAAGCCCAAAUUGAAAAAAAACUGUAUAACAGCCUGCAUCCUAAAAAAAUAUUGAAUAGCAGUAAUGAUGAUUAUUACUAUCCCAUUAAAAAGAAUAUUGGCUGAUUUGUGCAUUAAAAAAAGUUUUGUUUUUUUAAAUACAAACGCAUAAAACAAAGAAGUAAAAUAAAAAAUAGAUUUUGAGGUAAUUUGAGGCAAUUUCAAAUAAUAAAAAAGGAAAAUGCUAAGAAGUUAUUUGGUUUAAAUAAAUACUUUAAUUACAUUUGGGGUGCAUAUAGAAAUUACCGCCACUGAUUUUUCACAGGCAGUUGAAUAGGAAAAAAAUAUCACGGCUGCUGGAAAACCAUGAAAAUGUUGUUCCCAAUUGAAUAUGCCCCUUAUAGUGCAACACUAGAGAUUUCUUUGCACUUUAUUAAUACAGGUUGAGUAUCCCAUAUCCAAAUAUUCCGAAAUACGGAAUAUUCCGAAAUACGGACUUUUUUGAGUGAGAGUGAGAUAGUGAAACCUUUGUUUUUUGAUGGCUCAAUGUACACACACUUUUUUUAAUACACAAAGUUAUUAAAAUUAUUGUAUUAAAUGACCCCCAGGCUGUGUGUAUAAGGUGUAUAUGAAACAUAAAUGAAUUGUGUGAAUGUACACACACUUUGUUUAAUGCACAAAGUUAUAAAAAAUAUUGUCUAAACUGACCUUCAGGCUGUGUGUAUAAGGUGUAUAUGUAACAUAAAUGCAUUCUGUGCUUAUAUUUAGGUCCCAUCACCAUGAUAUCUCCUUAUGGUAUGCAAUUAUUCCAAAAUACGGAAAAAUCCGAUAUCCAAAAUACCUCUGGUCCCAAGCAUUUUGGAUAAGGGAUACUCAACCUGUAAUAUCAAUAGCACAAUGAAUUAAAGUGCCUGUGAACUAGACAAGACUUUUGCCGGUACUUUUGUGAAACCAUUUAAUUAUUUUCAUGCUUCCUGCAGAACCUUUUGUCUGGGAGAGAGACUUUUUCUAGAUUCAUUUAAUUACAGUUGAUAUACCAGUAUUUAUAUAGAUUAAAACUGUAGGGGAGAUGUAUCAAACCUUCGAAGAAGAUAAAGCUAAGAAGUUGCCCAUAGCAACUAAUCCGCUUCAGUCCUAUAAAAUGUCAGUGGUUGUUAUGGUCAACUUCUCGACUUUCUCUCUCGAAGGGUUGAUAUAUCUACCUCUUAUGUUAAUUGCAAAAAGAGUCUAGAAUUGACUCAAAAAAAGUAUCUGUACCCAAGUAGUUUUAAUAUUUUCAUAUUAAUAUGUUCGUAAUGUACCAGAUGUAAGAUAAUGUUUAAAAAUAAAUCUUAGAUUGACACUAUAAAAUGUGCUUAUAUAUGUUUAGAAUUAUUUAUUUACAGGCCUAAUCAAAAAUAAAAUAAUUUAUCGGUAUAUAUUCUAUAGAUGUUCUCGACCUCACCAGGGGGCAGAUGUAUUAAGCCUGGAGAACUGAUAAAGCAGUGAAAAGUGCAAGGUGAUAAUGCACCAGCCAAUCAGCUACUAACUGUAAACUUACAUAUUAGAGCUGAUUGGCUGGUGCGUUAUCACCUUGCUCUUAUCACUAGUUUAUCACUUCUCAAGGCUUAAUACAUUUGCCCUCAGCGGAUGAUCUGCUCUCCCAGUAAAAAUAUGACGUAAACUCCAAGCCAUGUAUAUUCUGUAGUUGUCAUUAUGUAACUUUCUAGUAAGAUCUGAGUAAAUUAGCCUAUUUCAUGUAAAUAAUUUGCUUGACAACUACUAAACCAAAACACUUGCACAUUGGUGCUGGUUUUACUCUGACUCACCCUUAGGUAAAAUUGAUAUAAAUUAAGAUAAUGGGUAUUUUUUUUGUCAAAGCACAAUAAUAUCUCUAUUCAGUUAGCAAAAGGCCAAUAGCAUGGGGCAGAAAGCACAAUUUCUACGGGUAUGCAGUCAGUUUACCGUCUGUCGGGAUCCCGGUGUUCAGGAGACCGACGCCGGUAUUCCGACAUCUAGUGAUGUACUGAAAGCAGAAAUCCUGACACCCGCCCAGUAUUCCCACUCAGUUGGUGGCUCCACGCCACUACCUGAGUGGAAAUAGAACAUGUUGCGAGCGCAGCGAGACACCACGCCCGAUGUGUGGUGAGCCCGCGAGGGGACUCGCUACCUCAUUGCCGGGAUUCUGGCAGAUGGGAUGCCUCUGUCGGUAUUGUGACAGAAGGCAUUCCGUAUGUAUCCCUUUCUAUGACAUCAUUGCUCAUGUCUGUAUAGGCCGGUUCUGUAAGCCUGCCACUGAAUUUAACACUUCAAUACCGUAUUGAAAGAUAAAAAGUUUGCUAUCCUAGUUAGCAUCUUAAGCACUUUCAUUGCGUGGUCCCAUCAGACAGGACCACACCAGACUGGGCUUUCUCUGACAUGAUCACAUAUGAUGCGACCAGUCAGAAAGCGCACUGUGCGGCUGCAGGAAGAGAAUCUUCCUGCAGCUGCCACUAUCUGGAGGUACCUCUGGGGGGAUCACUGCCUCGCUCUUAAUUGAAUCAACCCUAUGCAUCAUCUCAAAAUGCUAUACCUGUGUCCCCCCGUUAGCCAGGUAGAGCACAUAAAAUGUAUCUUAUUAGCCCUGAAUUUAUUUUGUCCGUUUAUCAUUCUUCUAUACUAUGAUGGACGUCUUGUUGUGCCAUCUAGAAAUAUCGCACUUAUAAUUAACAUAUCCUAAAACAUCAGUCACACAAGUGGCAUGUAAUAGAGAUAAUCUCUCACUAUUAUCAUUAAAAAUAUAAUGUUAAAAAGGAGGUGCGGCGUAGCUAAAAUGGACGUACAGUACAUGGAACAAAAAAAGUAAUUUUUGAAGUGCAUAUUUUGUAGGUGCACCCCUUUUAUCCGAAGGCAACUCGUGUAUGUAUGUAUGUUAGGUUGCCGGCAGUUGGGGUCCCGGCGGUCAGGAUACAGACGCCUGAAUCCCGACCGCUGACAAUGCCACCAACUGGAAUGCUGGCUAACGGGCUUUUCCACUCGUGGGUAUCCACGACACCCAUAGAGUGGGAAUAGAAUCUGUGACGAGUGCAGCGAGCCACCGAGCCUGCAAGGGGACUCUCUGCGCUCACGAUACUGCCGGCAUACUGGCGGCCGGGAUACCAUUGUUUGUAUACGGACGGCAGGCAUAUCAUACUGAACCCACAUAGACAGUGGCACUCACUGCACUUAUAAAGAUAUCAAAUCAAUUAGAUAUAUCCCUUAGGGAAAUUACUCUUUAUGUGCCAUAUUAUGAAGGGUUUUCUUUGGUAGAUAUGAGUUCUCGAAGUGUAUUAACCUUUAACUGACCAAAAGUGUCAUUCUGAUGAAUGCUUGAAUAAUACAUACAGUAUAUCAUGUUUUGGUUUGUGACUUAUUAAUCUGAUACUUUAAGGUACAAUUUGGAGACUGGUAAUAUUUGGUUGGUAUUUCCAGUUUGCACAUAUCGCAUACAUAAAGAAUAUGGUUUAUAUGUAUUUUGAUGAUUUUAUGUCUUACGAUCUGGUUAAUUUUCUAAUGCUGUGUCUUUCUGCUUUGCAUCAGUGUGAGUCUAUAACAGCACUACAGUACUUUUCAUAACCAGUGCUCUAUACUGGGUAUAAUGAAAUAUCACAUAUAUAUAUAUAUAUAUAUUUAUAUAUACUGUGUGUGUGUGUGUGUGUGUGUGUGUGUGUGUGUGUAUAUAUAUAUAUACAUAUACUUAUACUAACAGUAUUGGCAUAAGUUUGUUGGUUUAUUCAUACACUAUCAGAUAAUACUGUAUGCUUACCUUAUAACUAUAGUUUAUCACACCGGCCAUAUGCGCUUCAGACAUUAUAUAAAUAAAUACAUUAUAUUUUUAGCGCUUUUAACACCUGGGCAAAUACUGUUACAAAAAAGAAAAAGAUAUGCCUGCAAGCUGUUAGAAGAAAUGAAGUUGAUCUUAUAUGAAAUGGUAUCUUGUAGCAUCAGGCUUUUAUAUUAUUUUGGAUUUUUUUCUAGGACUUAAAUGACUUUUUAAAUUAAAUUAAUUUAAAGUAAAUUUUGCCUAUCUACACUAUGCUUCUUGUACCAUACAUAGAACAGAAUUUUAAUUAGGGAUCAUUGGUCUUUAUACCACAGGGAGGGUCCAUACAUAAAAAGGAACUUGUUUGCAACAUUUAUACUCUAAUACUGGGUAUACACUGGCCGACGGACCUGCGAAAUAUCGGCCGUUCAAUAGAACGGCCGAUAUAUCGGCCAGUGUGUAAGCACCUUAAGUUAAUAUUUUCCCACCACAGCCCUAACUGUGCGGAGUUUGUAUAUAUCCCCUCCGUGCUUGCGUGGGUUUCCUCUGGCUACUCCGGUUUCCUCCCACAAUCCAAAAAUAUACUGGUAGGUUAAUUGGCUCUCGACAAAAACUAACCCUAGUGCGUAUGUGUGUGUGUGUGUGUGUGUACAUGUGGUAGGGAAUAUAGAUUGUAUGCUCCACUGGGGCAGGGACUGAUGUGAAUGGCCAGAUAUUGGGGGUAAUUCCAAGUUGAUCGCAGCAGGAAUUUUUUUAGCAGUUGGGCAAAACCAUGUGCACUGCAGGGGAGGCAGAUUUAACAUGUGCAGAGAGAGUUAGAUUUGGGUGUGGUGUGUUCAAUCUGCAAUCUAAUUUGCAGUGUAAAAAUAAAGCAGCCAGUAUUUACCCUGCACAGAAACAAAAUAACCCACCCAAAUCUAACUCUUUCUGCACAUGUUAUAUCUGCCUCCCCUGCAGUGCACAUGGUUUUGCCCAACUGCUAAAAAAAUUCCUGCUGCGAUCAACUUGGAAUUACCCCCAUUCUCUGUAAAGCACUGCGGAAUAUGUGUACAUUAUAUAAAUACCUGGUAAUAAAUAAUAAACAAAUAAAUAUUCCCUAGUGCAUUGUAAAUUCUGUUGGUGCUUUGCCCACCAAUGUUCUAGUCUUAAUCUAGCUUUCUUGACUCCCAUCACUUUAUAUGUGGGAGUGAUCACACUUACCAGUGCUAUACAGAGAAGAUGAGCAGAGAGUUAGCAGGGUGGCUGGGACAGUACAAGGUUAUUUGUCUCUUAGUGCUGCUCUCUCUCUCUUACAUUUGCUGUCAGGUAUUCAUCAUGACAUGAGCUGCUGGUAUGCAUCCUGCUGUAUUCCUGACCCCUUUUUUAUAUAGAUUUCUAUCUGAAAUAGCUUAUUAUGGAAAUCCAGUAAUAAAAAUAAAUAUUUCUGAUACCAAA